CCAAUCGGGUGACCAUCUCCCCCCGUUCUACCCCACAUCGUAUUAAUUACGGCUCUACCAGGAAAUGCCCCCCUUCCCCCGUGUGUUAGAGGCCAUACUACCAAUACGCGUUGGUGAGCCCCUCGGAACUCGGCGAGGUGGUUGGAAGAAAGAGAUAAUGCUCGAUGUACAAGACGGAUACGCCGUAUUUCGAGAGAAGUGCCUCGCAAAGCUUACGGCGCUUGUGGAGAGCGGUGAAGCUGGUAAACGGCGUGUUGAGCUGCAGGAGGACUUGGACAUCUAUCUAAAGCUGGCAACCCCCCCCCCCAAGCAAGCCGACUACACGAAACCGGACGCUGGCAAUUUUGCUCUCUCGCUAGUGCGACGCAGGCGUCUUUUGACACCGGCAGACAAGACGAACAUCGGUGCGUUCUGGUUCGAAGCAUUCCUGUAUGUAAAUAGUAUGGCGCCACCUCCGCCAAACUUUCAUCGCGCAACACAAGGUCGCGUAGAGCAGGCGCGCCUGCAAAGAAUUGCCCAUGAGGCUACUAACGUAGUACAGUUUGGCCAAAAACAGCACAUCAUUUGGACAUUGUGAAUGCCCGCCGAGAUGACUAUACUCCCUUCGGGGCCCCGACAGACAAUACGACAGCACAGGCACUUGAGCU